UCCACUGCUGCGUCUGCCCUCGUUGCUGAGCUGCUUGACUUUGCUGCUGCCUGUCGUCUAGACUACGCCACUGCUCUUGUUGCUGAGUCUGAGUCUGCCAGUCCUCCGUCCAUCGGGGGUGAGUGUGCUCUUGGCACGGACGUCCUUCAGGACAGGCAGGAGGACUUUGAGUGUCUUGCAGCUGCUGUACCUCGUUUCGCUUCCUUGCUGCUUGCCCCUGAGGGAGACCCGGAUGCACCAGACAUCCCGACCCCGCGCUCUUACGCAGAGGCGAUUACGGGUCCUUACUCCUCUUAG